AAACCAUGAAGGAAUAUCAACGUGAAUUUAUUGAAUUUGCUCUUGCUAACGAGGUGCUUCGCUUCGGCUCCUUUGUUCUCAAAUCUGGUCGUACCUCUCCUUACUUCUUCAACGCUGGUCUCUUUAACAGCGGAAAGUCUCUCAAUGCUAUUGGACGUUUCUACGCUGCUGCUUUCCUUGAUGCCAACUUUGAAUACGACGUUAUCUUUGGUCCUGCAUACAAGGGUAUUCCCCUUGUCUGUGCCACCGCUAUGUCUCUCUCUUCCCAACACUCUAUUGAAGCUCCCUUUGCUUUCAACCGCAAGGAGAAGAAGGAUCACGGUGAGGGUGGUGACAUCGUUGGUACUCCAUUGAGUGGCAAGGUUGUUGUUGUAGACGAUGUUAUUACAGCUGGUACUGCUAUCAACGAGUCUAUCGGUAUCAUUCGCGAGAAGAAGGGUGUCUUGACUGGUGUCCUGGUUGCUGUUGACCGCGCUGAAAUUGCCCCCGAUGGUUCUGGCAAAAGCGCGAUUCAAGCCAUCCAGGAGGCUAACAACAUUCCUAUACGGGCCAUUAUCACUAUGGAUCACAUCAUUGAAUAUAUGGAAGAGAAGGGCACAUAUGGUGAUCAAUUGAAGAUGAUGAAGGAAUACAAGGCUCAAUAUGGCAUCAACAAAUAAAUAUAUGUCUUGUUGGAGCUGUUGGAGUUUAUGCAUUGAUUGCCACCAAAAGAAAAGGAAAAAGCCGUCAAACUGUCAACAGCCCUAAUAAUCUCUUUUUUUACAUAGUAGACAUUGUACACACAUACAAAUAUAUAAAUAUACAUAUCUUAAAUAU